CGUCAAAGAUACUAUCUGGAAAAUAGAGGUAUGUGAAGUAGUCAUCAUUAGGCAUUUCAAGACAGCUUGGAAUCUAUUCUGUUUCUGCCAUUCAAUUCAGAUAUUUUUCCUCUUGAAUAUUUCUGAACUCAAGCAGGAUGCUGAUUAUCUUUAUUUUGUUCACUGUGAUACGUGUUUCAAGCACAUUAUAUGGACCAAGGCUACUGAUAAGUCAUGUUGGUGGAUCAGUGACAAUCAAAUGCUAUUAUGCACCCACAUCAGUGAAUAGGCAUGACAGAAAAUUUUUGUGCAAGGAAUUGCCACAUAAAAGCUGUCAAACUAUCAUUUCUAGCCGUGCUUUCAUUGAUCAAAAUUACAAAGAAAGAGUGUCAAUGUACAACAACCCUCAACAAGGGAUUUUACAAGUGACAAUAAGAGAGCUGAAAAAGACAGAUUCCAGUUAUUACAGAUGUGGUAUUGGCAAAAUAUAUAAUGGUUUGUAUGCUAGGGUGAAUUUAACAAUUUUAGAAGAUCGGUAUUUACCCAAAUCCCCUCAAAUUGUUUGGGGUAAGCUGACUGGGUCAGUGGAGCUCCAAUGUCCAUCAGAAACUCCCAGGCUGGAAAUGGACAAAAUAUUGUGCAAGAUGAUCCAUACUGAUUGUUCUCCCAUAGUGAAAAAAAGCAAGAAUAGAAAGCAAAGUCACCGAAUUAUUAUGACCAAUGGAGAUAGCUCAGGAACUUUCAGUGUUACUAUAAAUGAUUUGAAAAGACAAGACUCUGGAGUCUAUGUGUGUGGGACAAGAAUAUUGGACAAGAAUGCAAGUGUGAAAACUAUACAGCUGCAAGUAGUGGAAGAAUCAGUUUUCUCUACUAUCUUAAAUGAUACCCAAACUACAUAUGAAUCACAGACUGUACCUUCGUACUGGAAUGUGACAUCUGCAGAUGAAGUCUACCAAGAAAGAUCUUCAUACACUGAGCAAAAUCUAUUGGCAAUUGUAAUACCAGUUCCUGUUCUGCUUCUACUUUUUGCUGUCAUGGUUAUUUUGGUUCUUGUUAAAAUAAGGCAAAGGAAGACUGCAUUGCUUAACAUUACU